GCGAACCUGGAUAAAGACUUCGCGUCGAAUCUGGAGAAAUUGGCCGAAAGUAUACAUCAUGAGAAAUUGAAUGUGCUGGCAAAGUAUCAAGCCUCGUUAUGGGUGCUCGUGGCCGUUGGAGCGCUGCUAUUUCUGGUCGGCUUCCUGGGAUGUUGUGGAGCGAUGUGCGAAAGCACUCUACUGUUGAGUCUG